UAUAAAAGAAACGCAUCAACUUGAUGAAACAAUAGUUUAAUUCAUUUAGUCGGAUCUAGCAUCUUACAAAAGCUGGCUGAAAACAUGUGCUUGCGACGGAUUCUGCCCUUUGCGACAUUUAUCCUCGCGUGUUUAGUUAACGACGUGGUCGAAAGUAAAGCCACAAUGGAGCAAAUGACCAAGGCAAGUGAAAUGAUGCGAACGGUGUGUGUGGGCAAAACUAAGCCGCCCGUUGAGUUGAUCGAUGGUCUCGGUCGAGGUGAAUUUCCCGAUUACAAAGAGUUAAAAUGUUAUGCUAAUUGUGUGCUGGAAAUGAUGCAAGCGAUUCGCAAGGGCAAGGUGAACGCAGAUGGUGCCAUUAAACAGGUCGAAAUGCUCAUACCACCGGAGAUUGGCGAACCAACAAAAAAGGCUUUUGACAUAUGCCGGGACUCUGCCGAUGGUAUCAAGAACAACUGUGAAGCCGCUUAUGCCCUGCUGAAAUGUCUCCACAAAAACAACCCAAAGUAUUUCUUCUUUCGCCUCCUCCAAGUUAUGAUGCAUUGGUCGCAUUUUGCUUCGUUAGUAAGCAUGGCCCUAAUCGAACAUGUGCUGUGCUCCAUGACACUGGAACAUAUGCACAGAACUGGCGCAUCGAUGAGAAGUAUCUGUCAGCCCAAGUUCGGAAUCACGGACGAUGUCGCUGCAAGUCCAGCUCGAGGGGAGUUUCCGGAUACGCGGGAGUUCAAGUGCUAUGCUUCGUGCCUGAUGGAACUUACGCAAACUUCGAGAAAGGGCAAAUUGAAUUAUGAUGCAGCCCUGAAGCAGAUCUUGCUUCUGCCUGACGAGUUCAAAGGUCCCUUCCAAGUUGCAUUGGAUGCUUGCAAAACAGUUUCAGAUGGAAUCGAGGAUAGGUGUGAGGUGGCAUACGCAUUGCUGAAAUGUUUCUACGCAGCGAGUCCCACGUUUUAUUUUCCGUGAUUUUACCCUGGAACGCAAUUAGAAGGUUGUUUUUUUUAGUGUUUUGAAUAAUAGCAAUACCAUUUGUGUCAUUUGUUCCGAGUACCAUGAUGAUGCUAGUUCCCUUGUUGGCAGGUCUAAUAUUUAAAUCGUAAUUGAAGUUUUGAUGAACCUCAUUUCCUAUCUAAUUUCACGUUAAUAUUUUGUAGUGGAAAUUUUUUCGUUCGAUGCAUGUAUACCAGGUGUAUGAAAAUGAAAUGGAUUGUUUUCAUGAAAAAUAACUCGGAUGACCUAAAACAUUUUAUUCAAAUCAAUGAUCAAUGUCCAUUUCCUUAACGUUUAAAAGCCAUGGGAUGAAUCCUGAAGAAAGGAAUAUUGGUUUCACAUGAUUUGGAAGACAUACAAUGAGAAAACAGGGAAAGCA